CAGAAUAGUGCAACUGACUUAUGAUUGAAGUCUGCAGCUCUGGAGAAGCACGAGAAACCAAGGGCUUUACAAAAGACAAACAUGCGAAGCGCAGCCAAGCCCUGGAAUCCAGUUGUCAAAGCCAGUAGCCAUGGCCCUGACCGUGCCCGGCCUCUCCCUACAACCUCUUCCGGCAUGAAAAGUUCAAAAUCUUCAACCUCGUUGGCUUUUGAGUCCCGACUGAGCAAGCUCAAGAGGGCCAGUAGUGAGGACAUGCUGGACAAGCCUGGUAGUACCACCUCAUCAGGGACAGCACGAUUGAAGAAGACUGUGACAGCAGGAGCGAUUUCUGAGCUCACAGAGAGCCGCUUGAAGAGCAGCACAGGGGCUGUUCCAACAACCAAACGGACAGGCAUUCCAGCUCCACGGGACCUCUCAGUAGCUAUCUCAAGAGAGAGAUCUGUGCCACGUGGUUCCUCCAAUCCUAAGAAAUCAGGGUCCAGUCCAACUUCCUCCUGCACGCCCACUCCUACCAAGCACUUGAGGAACACUUCUGCAAAACCCAAGCAAGACCAUGAAGGUGGAGAGAAGGCUGUGCUCGAGUCCCAGGUUCGGGAACUUCUGGCAGAAGCCAAAGCCAAAGACAGUGAAAUCAACAGACUUCGAAGUGAACUAAAGAAAUGCAAAGAGAGAAGGGCUUUGAGCACUGAGGGGACUGAUGCUUCAGACCCAAGUGCAGAUGGAACAACUGCUCCACCAGGUGACAUAGAACCUUUGGUAAGAGCCCUUGAGGAGAAGAAUAAGACCUUUCAAAAAGAGCUUGCUGACCUAGAGGAAGAAAACCGGGCCUUGAAGGAGAAAUUGACUUACCUUGAGCAGUCACCGAAUUCAGAAGGAACAGCAAGUCACCUUGGUGACAGCAGCUGCCCAACAUCCACAACUCAAGAGUCAAGCUUUGGAAGCCCAACUGGAAAUGAGCUGUUAAGUGAGACUGAUGAGUACAAAAGAAACACACAUGGGAAUGCAUUAAAGACAUCGGGUUCUUCAAGCAGUGAUGUUACCAAAGCUUCAUUGUCACCAGAUGCCUCUGAUUUUGAGCACAUCACUGCAGAUACCCCAUCUCGGCCCCUGUCUUCCACUAGCAACCCUUUUAAGAACUCAAAGUGUUCCCCUGUGGGGAGCUCCCCAAACAACACAAGCGAGCUGUCCCUGGCUUCUCUUACAGAGAAAAUACAAAAGAUGGAAGAGAAUCAGCACAGCACCACAGAAGAGCUGCAGGCUACUCUGCAAGAAUUAUCAGACCAGCAGCAAAUGGUCCAGGAACUGACAGCUGAGAAUGAGAAGCUGGUGGAUGAGAAGACAAUUUUAGAGACAUCCUUCCACCAGCAUCGAGAGAGGGCAGAACAGCUAAGUCAAGAAAAUGAGAAACUCAUCAAUCUUUUACAAGAGCGAGUAAAGAUUGAAGAGCCCAGCACCCAGGGAGGAAAAAUCCUUGAACUAGAGCAGAAGUGCACAGAUAUUCUUGAGAAUAGUCGCUUUGAAAGAGAGAAGCUGCUCAACAUUCAGCAGCAGCUUACCUGUAGCUUACGGAAGGUUGAAGAAGAAAACCAAGGAGCUUUAGAUAGGAUUAAGCACCUGAAGGAAGAAAAUGACAAACUAAAUGGGUUUCUGGAACGAGAAAGGUGUAAUAAUAGUGUGAUGGCCAAAACUUUGGAAGAAUGUAGAGUUACCUUGGAAGGCUUGAAGAUGGAGAAUGGGUCCUUGAAGGCUCACUUAGAGAGUGAUAAGCGAAAGGCUACAGAAACCAGUAGUAUCGAAGGCCAGACUACAGAGAACUGUGAAGUUCAGGAGAUGUUGAAAGCAGCAAGAGCUGAGAAGGAUCAACUAGAACUGUCUUGUACUGAGCUCAGACAAGAAUUGCUAAAGGCAAAUGGUGAAAUUAAACACGUCUCAAGCCUGCUAGCCAAGAUGGAAAAGGAUUAUUCUUACCUGAAGGAGAUCUGUGAUCAUCAAGCGGAACAGUUGAGCAGAACCAGCCUGAAACUGCAAGAGAAAGCAUCAGAGAGUGAUGCAGAGAUCAAAGACAUGAAAGAAACCAUAUUUGAAUUGGAAGAUCAGGUGGAACAGCACCGGGCCGUGAAGCUACACAAUAAUCAACUCAUUAGUGAGCUAGAAAGCAAUGUGAUCAAACUGGAGGAGCAGAAGUCAGACCUGGAACGGCAGCUCAAGACCCUGACAAAGCAAAUAAAGGAGGAGACAGAGGAGUGGAGGCGGUUCCAGGCAGACCUGCAGACUGCAGUAGUGGUGGCCAAUGACAUAAAGUGUGAGGCCCAGCAGGAGCUUCGCACGGUGAAAAGGAGGCUGCUGGAGGAAGAGGAGAAGAAUGCCAGGCUGCAGAAGGAGCUGGGGGACAUUCAGGGACACAGCAGUCAUCUCAUAAGAACUCAAAGGUCAUUCUUGGUUCAGCCUCAGCCAAAGAACUUGCAGAACAUUCUCUGAUGAGGUCCUCCAAACACAAGUAAGAGAAGCUCCAUGGUCUCUGUCAGCUAGCAGAGCAUUUGGUGGAUGAAAGACAGCCCAGCCCUUGCCAUGAUUGGAAACUACAGCCAUUUCUGUGUGAAAGGGGGAAUUGUGUAGAGAAGGAACUAGACUUUGUAAAGAGCCAGUUUUCUUCUUGGCCAUUUAUGUUUUACACAGUCAUUUACAGUUGUUCCUUUUCCUUUUUUCUACAUUUUGGACUCAACUUACUACAUGAUAAAAGAUAUUUUCCUUGGUUUUUUUUUUUCCUCAGAAGAUUCAGCAUUCUCUUUUUUCUUUUUUGGGGGGGGAGACUGUAAUGAAGUUCUGAAAAAAAUACAAAUCUUCUGGAAGAAAUUUAUAUGCAACUAGAGUUUUGAAAGUGAUUAGUGGCAUAGCAUACUCAAAAUAUUGGUGAAUGCAGCCCAUGCAUAAGUUCUUCUUUUUGAUGUUUAUUUUUAAGCUGCCUUCUGAAUAUAGUAUCCAGUAAUCUUGGAAUUUACACUACAUGUGGAAUAAGAAACCUUCUGCAUGAUGCCAUAUUCCGGAGAAGUUAGAUAGACAUUCUGCCCCCUUAAGUUAAGGCUUCAUUGAGCCUUCUUCAAGCUGGGUUUUACUUUAUUACCUCAUCUGAAACAAGAAACCACUAAACUGUGGUUUGAUUUCCUGAUUUCUUUUGUUGGAUUAAACACUUUAGUUGAUGAUAAAGGAUAUAGUUAGCCAGAUAGGGACAAUGCACAGUGACAAUGCUAAUGGAAACUAAACUGAAAACUGAUGAAGGACAACUUAUAACGAAAGCCUCAUGAGUAGAACUACUCUGGAAGCUUCGAAACUUUUAAUGUAGAAGUGUGCAAAUUACAGCAGUCUAGAAUUCAAUGUAUGAUUUUAAACUUUUGGAAGUACAUACACUUGUGAAGAUCUAUAUCUGAUUCAACAAGUUCCAUCUGACAACCUACUGCAUUUCCAUGUGAGAGUUGUGAAUGGAGGGUUUGUUGGCUACACCAUGCAAAUGGCAAUGCAAAAGUCAACUGUCUAAUAAAAGGAAAAUUAGGACCAAAAAUGGUGUUCAAACUCAGGAAGACAUUUUGGGGUAUCAAAUCAGAGAGCACACAUUCAUUAGAAAAAUUUGAAGAAGAAGAAGAAGAGACAUUGAUGUCUUCCUAUAAAAGUACUGUACACACUUACAGAAAUUGUCUUAAUAGAUUUGAAUUUGUAUCAUGGGAGAUAUUUAACAUGGACUCAGAGCCUUAGAGUGACUUACAAUUCACUCACUGGAUGUUUUCAAAUAAAACAAUAAGAAAAAUGCAAGCUCAACUUACAGUGCACAGCUGUGUUUGCACUCAUUUUGAUGUUUUUACAAUGGGUACUGUCAAAUGUUUUUUAUAAUUGUU